CCCCACUGACCAACACACCACAGCCAUUAUUCUUGAUGACUAAGAUAAGCGCUUAAUUGAUUUUACGAGAUCUUUUUCCUUUUUUUCUCUUCAUUGAAGUAACCUUUUUAAGCCAUCAGAGUGUUGCUUAGUUUAGCUGAGUUCAAAGACUGUUGCUGCUGUGUUUAAUCAAGGAAAUGGGAGUGCAGGGCCAUAGGCCUGUAACGCAAAUGGGGUUGUUGGCAGGGCCCAAAACGAUGUGCUGGGAGACUUGGACCAACAAACCCAUCAACCAAGGAAUUCACUUCGAAGUGACUGUUGAGAUUGAAAUUCAAUUCAAAUGAAGAGAAGAAAGCGAAGCUAAGAACUCAAAACGAAUCGAAGCUAGUAAGUAGAUCCAUUAGAAGUGAAAAUGAAGAAUAAGAAGCGGAAUAGUGGAAGCUGUAAUCCAAUGGAAUGGGUAAAUAAGAUGGUGUCGGAGCCUUACUAUCUCUUCCAUUUUCUCGCGUUCUUCUCCUAUUUGGUUGUUCGCAUUUCAUCAUCCUCCCUCCUCUCUCCUCCCAUCGCUCACCAUCUCCUUUAUCGUGAGUUUCAAGCGUUUCUCGCACUUUCUGUUUUAGCUUCUAUUAAGUUGGUGAAAGAAGAAACCUGGGAAGCCUUUAUUGCUGAUGUGCUGUUUUAUGCAAAGCUUCUUCUUGUUGCUGUUUCUUUGAUACUGGAUUACCACUUGACUCUGUGGUACAUAAUGGUAUUUUCAGUUAUAUAUAUCGUGACACAACAGCCUGCUUAUGAAGGACUAGGUACUGCAAGUAAAUUAACACCAUUGCAAUUAGAAACCUUGCUGACGGAAGGGAACACAUCAAGGUUCUGGUUGGUAGAAUUUCGUGCUUUAUGUUCAUCUACUUGUAUACGUGCAAGUCGGUGUUUUCCUGAGCUCUCAAUUAUUUACUCAAACAAAAAUUUAUCAUUUGGAAUUGUUGAUCUUGGAGUCUUCCCAAAUGCAGCAGAAAAAUUUGGAAUCUCUCUCAGUGGGGGCAUGAGCCAACUUCCCACAUAUGUAUUAGUUGAGAAUGCUGCUGAGGUUACACGCUUUCCAGAGUGGGAUUUUGAGGCAAAGUCUUCCCAUCUUCCUGCAACUAAGAAGCUCCUUUCCAAGCAUUUUGAACUUGAUCGACACCUUGUUGAAUAUCUACACGGUAAAUAGAUGCUGAAAAUAGAUUAACAGCUGGAUGCCUUGCCAUUUACAGGCUUGAAGUUCUUCAGUCUCCCAGAAUACAGCCAUGGCAAGAGAAAUCAUUUUGAAUUGUUGUCAGAAUUUCUGGUCUCUUUUCAGACUGACCUCUUCUUUAACGAAACAGUUGCACAAUUUGGAAAUACCAAUUGUUUUCGUUGGUUAUAUAUUUAGAGAGAGAAUGAACUUUAUCUUUAUAUUGAAAUAUCUAUAAUAUAUUGAAAGAGCUUUGUCUA